UUCCCUCCAGCCUCUCCCCUUCCUUAUUCAAAGUCUCUCCUUCGUCUCUCUCAUUCCAUUCCAUCUUUCACUGUUUGUUAUCUAUCUUUCUCUCUCUCUUCUCUAGUCUCAGCCCGUGGAGAAGAGGACCAAGAAAGAAAGCUUCUUUCUUUGACAAGCAACUGGGGUACUACUUUCGGUGAGGAAAAAGAAAGUCUUCGAGGGCAGCUGCUUUCGUGGUUGGAGUCUUUUUUAGGUUAGCUUGGUUUGGCUAAGAUGGAAAAUAUGAAGGGUGCUAAGGAAGAAGGUGGACUCCCACCUUUACCCCCGCCUCCUCCAGUGGUACCGGAAAAUGUGAAGCCGGAACUUGCCGUCACUCCAAAGUAUUCUAUAAUGAGCAGAAAAGGAAUUGGACGUGCUGGGCGCCGCACACCUUUACUGGCAAAUCAUUUCAAUGUUUCCCUUAAAGUCCCAGAUGCAGUAUUUUACCAGUAUAGUGUAUCUAUUACUUCAGAAGAUGGUAAAGAAGUCAACCUUAAAGGAAUUGGAAGAAAAAUUAUUGAUAGGCUGUACCAAACUUACUCUUCAGAAUUUUCUGGCAAAAGGUUUGCAUAUGAUGGAGAGAGAAGUCUUUACACAGUAGGUCCUCUGCCACAAAUCAAGUUUGAGUUCACUGUUGUCCUGGAGGAGUCAUUUGCAAAGCAGGAAAAUGGGAGUCCUGGUGGCAGGGGGAGUCCCAAUGAAAGAGGUAAACGGUCUAAGCGUUCAUUUCACUCAAAGACUUUCAAGGUAGAGUUAAGUUAUGCUGCCAAAGUACCUUUGAGGUCGGUUGCUCUUGCUCUUAAAGGAGCUGAUGCAGAUAACAGCACUCAGGAUGCAUUGAGAGUGCUUGAUAUCAUCCUUAGGCAGCAAGCUGCUAACAGGGGAUGCCUUUUGGUGAGGCAAUCAUUCUUUCAUGAUGACUCACAGAACUUCACUGAUGUCGGAGGAGGUGUAAUUGGUGUUCGAGGGUUUCAUGCCAGCUUUCGCCCGACUCAGAAUGGCUUGUCUCUUAAUAUGGAUGUGUCCACAACCAUGAUUUUGAGACCUGGAUCUGUUACUGAUUUUCUGAUAGCUAAUCAGGGCGUACAAAGUAUUCGUCAAAUUGAUUGGGGGAAGGCUAAGCGAAUGCUUAAAAAUCUGAGGAUUAAAACAAGACACCGCAACAUGGAGUUUAAAAUCAUAGGUGUGAGUGACAAGCCAUGCCGUCAGCUAUUUUUCCCCAUGAAAGUGAAAAAUGGUGAUCAUUCAAAUGGGGAACAGACUGAAGAUAUAUCUGUUUACGAUUAUUUUACAAGACAUUGUGGUAUAGAACUUGGUGAUUCUGCUUACCUGCCAUGCCUUAUUGUUGGCAGGCCAAAAAAGCCCAACUAUCUACCUCUUGAGUUGUGUUCACUUGUUUCGCUUCAACGGUAUACAAAAGCAUUAUCCUCUGGACAGAGGGCAUCGUUGGUUGAAAAAUCUCGACAAAAGCCUCAGGAAAAGAUGAAGAUUGUAGUUGAUGCAGUAAGAAAUUACCGAUAUGAUAGUGACCCGUUGCUGGCUGACUGCGGCAUCUCUAUAGAGAGGCAAUUUUCUCAAGUUGAAGGUCGCAUCCUUGAGCCCCCGAAGUUGAAGUUUGGUAAUGAUGGUGGCUUUGCCCCCUCUAAUGGGAGAUGGAACUUUAACAAUAAGACGGUUUUGAGGCCAAUUAGCAUUAGCCGUUGGGUUGUUGUCAACUUCUCUGCACGGUGUGAUAUGAGCAAAAUUUCAAGGGAUCUUAUUAGCUGUGGAAGGAAGAAAGGAAUUCAAAUUGAUGGGCCACAUACAUUAAUUGAUGAAGAUCAUCUAUCUCGGAGAGGAUCCCCUGUUACAAGGGUUGAAAAGAUGUUUGAUCUGAUUAGAGAUAAGGUUCCAGGCCCACCUGAGUUUAUCCUUUGCCUCUUGUCAGAGAGAAAAAAUUCUGAGAUCUAUGGGCCAUGGAAGAAAAAAUGCCUAAGUGACUUUGGUAUUGUCACCCAGUGCAUUGCUCCAUUUAAGGUCAAUGAUCAGUACCUAACCAAUGUUCUCCUGAAAAUCAAUACAAAGCUUGGAGGGAUUAACUCUUUGUUGGCAAUUGAAGAACCUUCACGAGUUCCUGUCAUAAAAGAUAAUCCCACAAUGAUUUUGGGAAUGGAUGUCUCUCAUGGGUCUCCUGGCCGCUCAGAUCUUCCUUCCAUAGCUGCGGUUGUUAGUUCUCGAAGUUGGCCAUGUAUUUCAAGGUAUAGAGCAUCAGUAAAAACACAGUCGCCUAAAGUCGAGAUGAUCGAUGGUCUAUACAAGCCGUUGGAAAAUGGAAAGGAUGAUGGAAUCAUCAGGGAGCUGCUUAUGGACUUCUAUCAAACAAGCAAUGGACGGAAACCCAAUCAGAUAAUUAUCUUCAGGGAUGGAGUGAGUGAAUCACAAUUCAAUCAAGUCUUGAACAUUGAGUUGGAUCAAAUCAUAAAGGCGUAUCAACAUCUAGGGGAGGAAAACAUUCCCAAGUUUACUGUGAUUGUGGCUCAGAAAAAUCAUCACACAAAGUUAUUUCAAGCUGGCGGUGCCAACAAUAAUGUCCCACCAGGGACUAUCGUGGACACUGGAAUUGUGCACCCAAGGAACUAUGAUUUCUAUCUGUGCUCUCAUGCUGGGAUGAUUGGAACUUCUAGGCCAGCACACUAUCAUGUCCUAGUUGAUGAAAUUGAUUUCUCUCCUGAUGACUUACAAAACCUUAUCCAUUCCUUAUCUUACGUGUACCAAAGGAGCACAACUGCAAUUUCAAUUGUUGCUCCAAUAUGUUAUGCCCAUCUUGCUGCAUAUCAAAUGGGUCAGUUCAUCAAGUUUGAGGAUUUAUCAGAUACUUCUUCAGGACAGAAAACUGUUACUUCUUCGGGUAUUAUUCCUGUUCCAGAUCUCCCUAAGUUGCAUGACAAUGUUAAGGGCUCUAUGUUCUUUUGCUGAGGUGCUGUGGAUAGCUUUUGGCGGACAUAUUUUGACUUUCUUUUUGACACUGAAGAAAAGGUCUUUGAAAACGUACAUAUUACAUAGACGGGGAAAACGACAGAUGGGUUCUUUAGGUGAGUAGUGAAAUAGGAAAUACUCGAAAUAAUAGUUUAGUUUAGUUGAGUUGUGGACUCUUUGAGAUGCACAGUGCUUUCAACAAAUAGUUAGCUUUAUGUUUAGGAAUUGAGUUAUCUGAACAAUCGGUUACCCAAGAAAAGUUUUAACCAUAUAUAUGUAUUGGAAUUUUGCGAUUGCUUAAAUCUGAGGGUAUGUGUAUGGCAUUGUCACUA